GGCCAGGCAUGUCCUUCUACCUCUCGAAGACCGAAGGAAGCAUCACGAAUGCAGGGGAUGACAAGGAGUCGUCAGUCGAGAAAUACUCCGCAGCUCUACGGGCACUCUACAGCAGCAACCAGAUCCUCGAGAAGAAGAUGUCCAAGUUACGCGCGAGCACGAUCCGUCUUAACCUUGAUCUCAUGAAGCUCCAACGACACAUGGGCACCAUGCAGCACGACUUCCUUACGACCUGGCAGGCGGAUAUCCUCACCCUCCUCAUCGAAGUUGUGUACGCGCGGCUGCAUCGAAUACUACCGGGAGGGUAUGCGGUGGAGGAGAUCGAAUCGUUGGAUUAUGAGACGUUGACGAGGGUGUAUAGGACUGCGGCGAAGAGGAUUCACAGGGAGAGGCUGCGGAGGAAAUUUGGACUGUCAGCGAGAUACCACGGUGCGUUGCAGAAGUACUGGGAGGUUGUCGAGUUUAGAAGCGAGGAUCCCUUUCAGACGGAGUGUGUGUUUGCUCGGUGGUUGGUCGCGGAGAAGGAGGAGAAUCCUGGUGCGUACGAGUUUUGGGGACAGUUGUUUCCAUUGUGCUACAGGCGGACGGUUGAGGAAAGUGCUGAAAUCUUUUGAUGUCUCAUUUUUGUCUCAUUCUAUCACUUGUCACUCGCUCUGUCUUUGGCUAUGGAGUAUUUGCACUAUUUGCAUAUGGUGAAUGAGUCUGUUCCGUUCUUUCUGAAGAUCCUGCCAUCUGGCAAGUGCACUCCGUGUUGCACUUCUCUAGGAGUGACCGAUAGCCAAUACUAAUUAUGGAGAGUUGCUAAUAAUUGAGACGGUCUUACAGAUUCUAGAUACUAAAAGAUGACCGUUGAUGCUAUACAAAACGUUGUACAUCGGUGAACCCCUAAUCGUCACAAUUACCCAUUCAGGUAUUAACCCUGGAUUCAGUUCAGCUAGCCAUGAGCCCUCCGCACGGG